AUGACAGUCACUACUGUUAUGCUUUAUGAUGACAAUGAUGAAAUCCAGAAUGCUACCAACCAGAAAUAUGAGAUUAAAGAAUAUAUAGACUGCAGGUACAUUUCUCCUUGUGAAGCUGCUUGGAGAAUUUUUAGUUUUCCAAUACAUGUUAGGAAGCCUGAUGUUGAAAGAUUAUAUUUCCAUCUUCCAGGCCAACACAGUGUUCUUUAUGAGGACCAUGAUGAUAUUGAUGAUGUCCUAUCCAAGCCAAGCAUUUCAGAUUCCAAAUUUUUAGCUUGGAUGAACGCCAACAAAUGUACCAUCAAUAAACCUGAAGAAGUUUGGAAUCAAACAUGGCAUUGGCUAGCUGAUGACAUUGCAUAUCAUUAUAGCAAAUCAACAAUAAAUACAGAAUUACACAUCGAUGAUAAUCAUCUGAGUAAUUUGGCAUUGCUGGAGAUUGAACAACUGCUGCACAACAAUGAACAAUCACCAAAUGAACAAGAAACUGCUGCAUUUGCUAAGUGGAUCCUUGACAUUGGAGAUGGAAUUAUUGGACUUCAAAAUGAUGGCUAUUCCACAAUUGAAAUCCCUGAGGACCUGUUGAUAACUCAAUAUAAUGAUCCAAUCCAUGCCAUAGUUAACUCAACAUUCCUAGAUUUAACACAACAUCACAAUGAUAGUCAGUACUUCAACAGCAGGGCAAUAUUAGCUUCAACCAACGAAACAGUCGAACAGGUCAAUGAUUAUAUACUAUCAUUAAUCCCAGGUGAGCACAUGGAAUACCUAAGUUCUGACUCUAUAGACAAAUCAGAAACCAAUGAAAGCUAUUAUUUUCAAACAAUAACUAUUGAAUUCCUUAAUUCAUUGAUGACAUCUGGUCUGCCAAAUCAUUGUAUCAAGCUUAAAAUAGGAACUCCUAUAAUGCUUUUAAGGAAUUUAGAUCAAACUCAAGGCCUGUGUAAUGGCACAAGAUUAAUAACUACAAGACUGGCAAAGCAUGUAAUUGCGGCUGAAAUCAUUUCUAGCAAAUAUUCAGGACAUAUGGUUUACAUCCCAAGAAUGUCCAUGUCCCCUUCACAAUCACCAUGGCUUUUUAAACUUUUAAGGAGACAAUUUCCAAUCAUGUUGUCUUACGCAAUGACAAUUAACAAAUCUCAGGGACAGCCACUGUCCACAGUCGGACUUUAUUUGCCAAAACCAGUUUUUAGCCAUGGUCAAUUAUAUGUUGCAUUAUCAAGGGUCAAAACAAAGAAAGGUUUGAAAAUUUUGAUCCAUGAUAAAGACCAGAAAAAUAUGACUUCUACCACCAAUGUAGUUUUCAAAGAAGUCUUCAAUAAUCUAGGAAGGUUAAUAUAA